AUGGUUGAAUUUCUGAACAUAGGUGCUCAUGAGAUGGAAUAUUUUUAUUUUCCUAAUCUUCAGAUAGCAUUUGAUUUCCAUAACCAUUAUGCAAAAUCUGUUGGUUUUGGUACUAGAAAAAGUAAGACUUGCAAAAAUAGCAAAGGAGAAUAUGUGAAGCAAUUGUUUGUGUGCUCUCGUGAGAAAUUUAGACCAGAAAAAUAUUAUAAUAUAGAAAACAGAAAAGGAGAACCAAAAUAUGAGACUCGUGGUUUCCUGGCUAGAAAAAUAACAGAAGCUAAUGCUAGUCAAAUGAACAACAUGAAGGAUGUAGGCAUUAGCACACCCUAUAUCUAUGCUAUAUUAGCUAAUCAAAAAGCUAAAGAUCUUUGCCUCUAUUAUGAGCACAUAGUUGAUGCUAAAGGGGUAUUGCGAGCUCUAUUUUGGUGUGAUGAAAGAAGCCAAUUAGAUUAUGAAGUAUUUGGAGAUGUUCUUGCCUUUGAUGCGACAUACAAGAAGAACAAGUACUUGUGUCCGGUAGUAGUAUUUUUCAGUGUGAAUCAUCAUAACCAAACAAUGGUAUUUGAAAGUGCUCUAGUUACCGAUGAGAGUAAGGAGGUCUAUGUGUGGUUAUUACAACAACUAUUGGCAGCCAUGAAGGAAAUAACAUCUGUAUCUGUGAUUACAGAUGGUGCUCCAUCAAUGAAGUUUGCAAUUGUGGCGGUAUUCCCAAAUGCCCAUCAUAAAUUAUGUGCUUGGCACCUCAUUCGGAAUGCCACAACUAAUGUUAAAAACCCAAAAUUUAUAUCUAUGUUUAAGAAGUGUAUGCUAGGAGAUUAUAAGAUUAGUGUAUUUGAACAAAAGUGGUUUGGAAUGGUUGAGGAGUUUGGUAUAGCUGAAAAGAAUUGGAUUAUUGACAUGUACGAGAAAAGGCAUAUGUGA